AUGAGAAAAGCUUCCGUUGAGACUGAACAACCACAACAAACGCAAACACUGGAUCGCAUGAUCGAAGACAUCAUGAGCAAGGAUCAAGUAACUCUCCCCAUUGAAUACUGUACGGAUGAUUUGGAAAUUAUUUGUGAGGCCAUUAAAUCCGUUUCAUCGCUUCGGAAGCUUACGUUUAUUGGAGAGAUUUCAAAUGAAAGGACUCGGAAUGAUAGUUUUUUAAAUCUUGAUGAAUUUGAAAUGUUGUGGAGAAGUAUUUUGGAAGGAGAGAGCCCAUUGGAAUCGGUUGGAUUUUUAUCCAUGCAUUUGCAAGAUGAACAUUUAAUGUCAAUGAAAAACAUUCUGAAUGAAGUAUCAAACUCAAGUGUUGCAACAGCCUCCAUUACAUCCAUUGUAUUGAUUGGAAAUGAAUUUAGUUCAGAACGAAUGAAAGAUGUUUCGGAAGUAUUCAAAAACUUGAUGAAAAAUCUCAAAGAAAUUGUUUUUGAUGAUUCAUCGAAUUUGUCAAAAGACAAACACUCGUCCCCCACUACGAGUGAAGUUGAAAAGAAAUUGUCUGAAUUAACCGUUUAA